AUGCCGUCCGCAUCGACAAUAACGGCCUCGGAAAAGGCGACAGUCAAACAGCACUUGCCGUCUAGCACGACCAAGAUCCACACGGCCACUGUUGCUCGAGUGUACUAUGCUCACCCUAAUCCGAACGAAUGGAGCUAUUCGGGGAUACAAGGGGCGCUGGCGUUUGUGAGCGACAAAGUGCGAGGAGGGUUCUGGUGGAGAGUGGUGGAUCUACAGGGCACACGCGGUAUCAUCUGGGAACACGAAGUCUACGAGCCGAUACUUUACACCCAGGACCGACCGUUCUUCCACUCGUUUGCAGGUGAUGAAUGCAUGAUUGGAUUCUCGUUUCCUAACGAGGGCGAAGCGUUGACAAUGUACAAGAAGUUUGAAAAACGCGGCAAGCUCUCGACUGGGGGGAAAGCGAAAGCACAGCCUGCGACACCAUCGACUCCAACUAGAUCGAAAACAAAGAGCAAGAAGGGCAAGAUUGACAAAUCGCUAAUAUCUGCACCGUCGGGAUUCCAUCAUGUUGCUCACAUGGGCUACGACGCGGAGGGCGGGUUCACAUCCACUGGCCUUGAUCCAUCCUGGCAGGCACUUUUGGAGAGCCUGGGUCAAUACGGCGUGAGUAAGAAUGACCUACAAGGAAACGAGGACUUUAUUCGCGGCUUCGUGGAGGAAUAUCGUGCACAGGAGAAAGCACAAGUCCCUACCAAAGCCGCUCCGCCUCCCGUAAACCCGCGUGGAGGCGGGAAGAAACCCCCUCCUCCACCUGCUCCUGUCCGCAAACGUGGUGCUGAGACACGGGAAAGUAUCAGCAGCCUUCCUCCUGCGACUCCAGUAGAAACAUUCACUCCUACCCCUGCCCCUGCACCUCCGAGUAACGCACCUCCACGCCCUCCAAGUGCUCCACCACCGCGUCCACCUACUAGCGCACCUCCCCCACCUAGUGCUGCGCCUCCGCCUCCGCCAAGUGCGCCUCCUCCACGUCCGCCGACAAAUGCACCUCCCCCACCUCCAGCCGCGCCACCCCCACGACCGCCAACAAGCGCUCCUCCUCCACCGCCAGCUGCCCCUCCUCCACCCGCACCCCCCGCUUCAGCCCCACCCCGUCCUCCGGCUGCUCCUCCCCCGCCUCCAGCUCCCCCUGCGAGUCGCAACGCGCCACCGCCACCGCCACCACCUCCAGGCAAGUUGAUUUCCGGCGCGCCUCCUCCGCCCCCACCACCUCCACCUCCCAUGGGUGCGCCACCGCCACCCCCUCCUCCCCCACCUGCUGGCAUUCCACCACCGCCACCGCCCCCUCCUGGUGCUCCGCCUCCACCUCCACCUCCUGGUGCCCCUCCACCACCGCCAUCAGGAGAUGCCCCGGGAAGCAUGCCAACCGCUCAACCUGGUCGUGCAGAUUUGUUAGCUUCGAUUCAAGGCAAGGGUAUUCAUUCUCUCCGAAAGGCCCCAGCAGCCGACGAAGGAAGUUCGAGCGCCGGAACAGCUGCAGCAGCCGCAGUCGGAGGAGCGGCAGUAGGCGCAGCAGCUGCUUCGGGCGGAGGUGACUUGGCCAGCGCCUUGGCUGCUGCCUUGACGCAAAGGAAUAAGGCGAUUGGGGAUAGCAGUGACGAAGAAGAAGAUGACGACUGGGAUGACUAG